AUGACGAACAUUGCAGAUAUAUCCAUGGGAGCAUACAAAAAGUGGAUAAGAGACAAUGCUGCUCCUGGUUUAGAUCAUGAGGAUGCUUACAAGCAUCUAGAUGAGAUCAAUGACAUUGUGGAUUAUUUCAACGUACCAAAUGUUCCUAGAGAGAUAGUCUUGCUAAGGAUGUUGUCGGUCACUUUUAAAGGAGCUGCAAAAGACUGGCUGAAGGCACUACCACUUGGUGUAAUCACUACUUGGGCACAGGUGCGCAAGCAAUUUCUAGAACAAUUAUGCCCACCAUCCAAGAUAUUUAAACUCCAGAAGGAAAUAACCAACUUUGAGCAACAACCGAGUGAGUUCCUUUAUGAGGCAUGGGAACGCUAUAAUGGAGUACUAAGAAAUUGCCCUCAAAAUGACCUCAACAUACAACAAGAAGUGUCUAUCUUUUAUGUCAAAGUAAAUGUCAUGACGAGGCAACUCCUUGAUUCUCAAGGACCACUUACAAUGAAAACUUCGGGUGAAAUCAAGGAGUUUAUUGAAGAAUUCGCAAAACAUUCUCAUGAGCACCAUAAUCCAAGGAAUGAUGGAGUUAAAGGCAUUGGAGGAGGAAGUUCUGAAGACAUUGCUGAUGUACUCGCCAUGCUCAAUAAUAUGGAUAGAAGAAUGACAAAAACGGACCAGUCAAUUCAUGAUAUUAGAGUUGGAUGUGAAAGAUGCAAUGGUUCACACUUCACCAAGGAAUGCCACUUGGACGUUAAUGGAAACAAACAUGCUCAAACUAGCCGAGGCUUCUACGAAAAAGAGCAACCACCAGUUGAAAAGAAAGUUGACUUACAGACCAUGCUUAAUCGUUUUAUGGAGGCUUCAGAAAAGAGACAUUAUGAGAUAAAUGCAACUAUAAAAGAUCAAAGAUUGAUGAUGAAGGAUCAACAAGCCAUGAUGAAAGAUCAACAGGCUACGAUGAUUGACCAACAAGUAUUAUUAAGAAAUCAUCAAGCAUCGAUCCAGAAUCUCGAAGCCCAACUUGGUCAACUAACGACUUUGGUGAAUGAUAAAUUUUCUCGAAAAUUUAUCGACAAGAAGACUCAAUCACAUGUAAUGGUGUUUGAAACUAAAGAAGAUGUUAUUUCUGAGUUCUUAGAAGCACUAGAAGUGGAGUCGAAGUAG